AUGCUAAAACCUAAUUUAAGUAGUUUUAUGAGUAGAUGUUCCAUGUUAUCAUGGAAUACAGUCGAGAAGAAAAAGUUUGCUAGCGAUAAUUUAAGGUCUUUAUCAUUAAGAAUGAAAUCUGUUAAAUCAAUUCAAAAAAUAACAAAAGCUAUGAAGAUGGUUGCUGCAUCAAAAUUUAAAGGAGAUCAAAGAAGACUAGAAAGGUGCAGUAAUUUUUCUACACCUUUAGUUGAUGUGUUUAAUAGAUUAAAUAAAUUGGAUAUACAUAAAAAGAACGAAGAACUAGCUAUUAUUGCAAUUUCUUCAGAUAAAGGAUUAUGUGGUAGUGUGAAUUCAUCAGUAUCAAGAUUAUGUAAAAAAUUAUUAGAAAAUGAACAAGUUAAUAAUGAACUUGUUGAUAAUAUAACACCAAAUAAAAUAUAUCUUUAUGGUAUAGGGGAAAAAAUAAGAUCAGCAUUAAGUAGAUUACAUAAAGAUAAAUUUCAAGUUAUAUAUAAUGAAUAUAAUAAAAUACCUAUCAAUUUUUUAACUUGUUCAUAUAUUGCAGAACGUAUCAUGAAUAAUAAUCAUUCCAAUAUAAUAAUCAUAUAUAAUCAUUUUAAAUCAGCUAUAUCAUUUGAUACACAAAUUUUAAGUGUAUUCUCCCAAAAACAAUUAAACAAAAUGAAUAAAAAAGAAUUAACUCAUUUUGAAUUCGAACCGGAAAUGGAUUACAUAUUUAAAGAUAUAUAUGAAUUCUAUUUUACCUCCUUAUUGUAUAAUUGUAUCAUUCAAAAUUUAGCCUCCGAGCAGUCUGCUAGGAUGACAGCUAUGGAUAAUGCUUCUUCAAGCGCUACGGAUAUGCUUAAUGCUUUAUCCUUGAGAUAUAACAGAGCAAGACAGUCUAAGAUUACUUUAGAACUUAUCGAAAUUAUAUCAGGGGCUAAUGCUUUAUAG